UUAAAGGACGGGCAGCUGUUCGGUGUGUAAAACAACAACACGAAGUUUUAAAACUGUCACACAUGCAGUAAAAAUGACUGAAAUGAAACCAUUGAUUGGCGUUGUGUUUUAUCACGUUAAUAAAAGCCGAUACAGAUCAAUGAUGCGUCACCCAACCGAAAAUGAAACUAAAAGUAAACCGGCGGGCUGUUAGCUUACCGGAGGCAGAGAGAGGGAGUACACGGCUCACAUUCAGCCUCCUGCAGUCUGACCGUCCGCCACAGGAAAAUGACGGGUGUGGCAGCAUGUGGAUUUAUCAUUCUUCUGUUGGACACAGUACUGAGUCUGGCUCAGUGGGCCGGUCUGGUGCUGUUGGAAUGCCCCAGGUGCGGUGGGCUGGCAGGUGUGUGGACCUUUGGGGCAGUAAAGUGGGCGAUUCUCCAUGUUUUCACCUCCUUACUGACUGAUGGAACGCCCCAGCCUGUGCUCCGCAGGCUGGUAGCACUCCUCUGCCUUCUUUUUCCUGUUUUUGAAAGUGGACGAGUCUUCAUGGCAAGUCCCUCAGAGGCUUUUAUGGGACCAUCUCCUGACCUCAGCAUGCUGCUCUUGGGCUCGAUGUCCUCGUCACUGGCCUGUGUAGUUUGGGAAAAGGGUCUCUGCGGUGAUGGAAAGAAACAAAAAGAUGCCAACAAACUGGAUGCCAGACUGUUGCUUAUGAGGAUGGUGAAAUACUUCAGACCAGACACCAUUUACCUGAUUGCAGCUUUUAGUUUCCUCAUCUUAGGAGUCAUCUGUGACACAUUUAUCCCACUUUAUCAGGGGAAGGUAAUUGAUAUGCUAAGAGGUCAAGAGCUUCAAACCAGCUUCUGUUACGCAGUCGCACAACUGGCACUUGUCUCUCUUGGAAGUGCUCUGUUCUCUGGCUUGAGAGGAGGUAUAUUUAUGUGCACACUGGCCAGACUGAACAAGAGACUUAAGCAUCUGCUCUUUCACUCCCUCAUGCGGCAGGAAGUGCACUUCUUUGAGGAGAACAAACCUGGACGUCUUUCCUCCCGCCUGCACUCUGAUGUGGACAGGAUGGGCCGCACAGUAGCACUGAACGCCAACGCACUGGUUCGCAGCACAGUCAAAACUUGCCUCAUGCUCACAGUGAUGUUAGGCCUGUCCUGGGAGCUCACUGUGCUCACCUGCAUAGAGAUGCCCCUCUUGGCCGUCCUGCAGAACAAAUACAUCACUUGGUACAAGGAGCUGAAAGAUCAGAUGCAGGACUGUCACGCUCAGAACAAAGACCUCGCUUUCCAGACCAUCAGUGGGAUUCAUACAGUUCGCAGCUUUAAAGGAGAGAAAGAUGAACUGAGGAGGUAUAAUGAGGCUGUGGACCAGCUGUGUGCUGUCAAGAGACGCUCAGACAUCUACAGUUCAGUCUUCCUUUUAAUACGGAGGCUGGUGAGUGUGGGGAUAAAGAUACUCAUGCUGAUACAAGCCCGCAAUCUCAUCUCAUCCGGCCGACUCAGCAUCGGCAGUCUCGUGUCCUUUUUCUUGUACCAGAAGCCCAUGUCCGUCAAUUUAAAGGAGAUUUUGUACUGCUAUGGAGAAACAGUGUCCACAGUGGGAGUCAUUUCUAAAGUGUUCAGCUAUCUCGACAGGACACCAAAGUGUAAGAAGGGGGGAGAGUUAGCUCCUGAGAAGCUAACAGGAAGAAUCGUUUUCCAAGACGUCACCUUCACUUACCCCUCAGUUCCAGAUAAAGCAGUCCUGAAGUCUGUUUCAAUGGAGCUGCAGCCAGGGAAGAUGACAGCCCUGGUGGGUCCCUCUGGUGGUGGAAAGACUUCCUGUGCCAGCCUCCUGAAGAGGCUGUAUGAGCCUCAGGAGGGACAGAUCCUGCUGGACGGAGAACCGCUGCACCACUACGAACCCAAAUACUUUCAUCAAAAGAUAGCCCUGGUAUCCCAGAAUCCUGUGCUGUUCACUGGUUCACUGAGAUACAACAUUGAAUACGGCCUGAGGGACUGCAGCAUUGAGAAGCUGAAAGAAGCUGCGAAGAAGGCCAACGCAGAUGACUUCAUAUCUGAACUGGAGGAUCAGUAUGACACAGAAAUCGGAGAAGGUGGCAGCAGACUCUCAGCGGGACAGAAGCAGUGCAUCGCCAUCAUCAGAGCUCUGGUCCGAGAGCCGCAGGUCAUAAUACUGGACGAGGCUACCAGCAAACUGGACGUUGAAGCACAGCAUGCUGUCCUGCAGGAGAUCCUGUCUUGUGGUCGGACAGUCCUGGUGGUGGCUCACCAGCUGAAGACGGUGGAGAAGGCAGAUCACAUCAUCUUCAUGGAGAAGGGAACAGUCGUGGAAGAGGGGACACACCACGAACUCAUGGCCAAGAGAGGACGAUACCAUCGUUUGAAAGAGGAGUUGUUCUCUCAACACACCUGAGAAAAGCUCAGAUCUGUGUGUCUGAUUGAAAUGUGUAAAUAUUCCUCCUCAGUAUUCCUGUUUCACCUAAAGCUUUAAUGAUGAGAUGAAGGAGCGGUGUGAUCCGUGUGCUUUGUGUUUACCUCUCUGUCUUAUUAGUAUUUAGUAUCUAGAGAACAGUGGUGUCAGUCUGAAAACAGUGCCAUCCAGCUGCUCUUACAGAAAUGAAACUCUAGUGUUGUAGUGAAUCAGCAAUAUUUUUAAACCUCAGUCAUCAGAACAGGUGAAGACAGCCACCCUGACAUUAUCUUUGAAGACACCUGGAUAAACCUGUCCUUCACCGAUGGGAUCAUGUUUACAUGUUUGUAUGCAGUGACCUUUCUACACCAUACACAGUCCACAGAACGUUUCCUGAGCGGUAGCUUCCCGUUGUCUUCAGAGAGCAGCAGCUUCCUCUCGAGUAAAAUAUCUGAAUAUCUGUUAUUUUCA